GUCUUCCGCGACAAGAAGCAAAACAGCAGUUCGAACAGAAGUUCGGCGAACGGCGAAUUCUGCGGUACCUGAGUGGCGGGGGCGCGCGUACACGACUAUCCGAAUCCUUUUCUUGUAAUCCCGGUCGCCGACGCUACGAGAUAGAGAAGCUGCACAGAUAACGAAAGCUACGGGGCUUUGGCUCUAUUUUGAACCGCUGCCGCAAAUUUACGCCGCCGGUCGCGCGAACCCAACGUGACGAACGGUUGCGAUUACGUGUAGUACGAGAACGCGAGAUUUAUUUGUCGGCGCGCGAUGUCGAAGGAGGACGAGUGCACGAUACCUAAUGUGAUAUACGAUGCCAACACCGGCAAGAGUUACAUGAAGGGCCGCUUCUUCGGCAAGGGUGGCUUUGCAAAAUGUUACGAGAUCACAGAAUCAAAGUCACAUCAAGUGUUUGCCGGAAAAAUUGUGCCAAAGUCAUUGAUGAUAAAAAGCAAUCAGAGAGAGAAGAUGACGCAAGAGAUAGCAAUUCAUCAAACCUUGAAUCACAGACAUAUUGUUGGUUUUCAUGGUUUCUUUGACGAUUCCCAUAAUAUCUAUAUUAUCUUGGAACUCUGUCGCAAGAGGUCAAUGAUGGAGUUGCACAAACGCAGGAAAGCAUUGUCAGAAUGUGAAACACGAUACUUUAUGAAGCAAAUCUUGGAUGGAGUCUUUUACUUACAUCAACACAGAAUAAUUCACAGAGACUUAAAAUUAGGCAAUUUAUUCUUGAACGACGAGUUACAAGUUAAGAUUGGUGAUUUUGGAUUAGCGACCAGAUUGGAACAUGAUGGUGAACGGAAAAAAACUGUCUGUGGCACUCCAAAUUACAUAGCGCCGGAAGUGCUGACGAAGAUCGGACAUUCCUACGAGGCUGACAUAUGGAGCAUUGGUUGCAUAAUGUAUACUCUGCUUGUGGGUAAGCCACCCUUUGAGACGUCGAGUCUAAAAGAGACGUAUUCGAGGAUUAAGCAGGUGCAGUACAAAACGCCACAACAUAUCACUAAGCCUGCCAUGAACAUGGUAGCAAAUAUGUUGCAAUUAAAUCCAUCGAGACGCCCGUCUGUCACCAAACUGUUGAAAGAUACUUUCUUCACUUCUGGAUAUAUGCCGACAAGUUUGCCGCUUUCUUGCUUGACAAUGGCACCGCGUUUAGACAUGCUUGAGUCACAUUGCAAUCGCAAACCGCUCGGAGAGAUGAAUCUUAAUGGCUACUCAGAGCAGGAAAUCCUUGCCUCUCGGGUGCCAAACAGCCCGUUGCGAAAAGCCAAGCUUAGUACCGAAAUUAUAGAACCGCAAAGAGUCAAUCACGAUAUCAAAAAGUUGCUCUACACAUUAAAAGAACAAUUGGCUGCAGUGCUGAAAUUUAAGUCUUCUAAAGAUGUAACUUCUUCAGGAGACGAGAUGACCGAUCCGGCGGCGCAACCUGUGGUCUGGAUCAGUAAAUGGGUAGAUUACUCGGAUAAAUACGGCUUCGGAUAUCAAUUGUCCGAUGAUGGCGUUGGCGUGAUGUACAAUGAUGGCACACGAUUGAUUAUGCUAGCGAAUGGCUUCAAUAUUCACUAUAUUAAUCGUGAAGGUGAUGAAUUGUACUACACAGUCAAGGAAUAUCCUGCCAAUCUCGAAAAGAAGAUGAAACUGAUGAACUUCUUUUUGAAAUACAUGAACGAGCAUUUGAUGAAAGCGGGUGGCUCUAUUGCGGUGAAGCAGAGUGAUUCUCUAUCUAGAAUACCCUACAUACACCAAUGGUUCAGAACUCAAUCGGCUGUCGUGAUGCAAUUGACUAAUGGCACAGUGCAAGUCAACUUUAUGGAUCACACAAAGAUCAUUAUGUGCCCCCUGAUGGCGGCAGUCACCUACAUUGAUCACGACAAGAAUUUCAGGACUUAUAGAUUCCAGACUAUUCAGGAGAACGGUUGCUCUAAAGGAUUAGCGAAGAAUUUGAUGUAUGCGUACGAGAAGAUUGGAUUGAUGCUGGCAAAUCCUCAGGCCCGAUAAAGAUUAUCCAUGCUAAGAGAAAAUGAGAAAGAUAAAAGAGAGAAAAGAAAUAUUGGAUGCUGCGCUUCUCUCCUGGUACUGUAAACCAUCUUUAGAAAGACAACACUUAUAUUUAUUUUCUGAUAGUGCUAUCUUUGUAGUGAAAAAAAAAACUGGCAAGUCGGAGGUUACAGUUGUAUAUGAUUCUUCCUCUAUCUUCACUCGAUUUUUGUACAGACAUAUAGAGAAUUUCGCUAGGCGAAUUUUUUUACUUUUCUUUACCACUUAGUACAAAAAGAGAGAGAGAGAGAAAGAGGGAGAAGAGCCGAUCGCGUUCAACGAAGGCGAGAUACUUCGCGACAUGAUCUUCAGUCCAUUUCCAUCCUAUGCUUCAAUAUGCCGUUUCUCAUAAACAUUACUUAGAAUAAAUUGAUCAGUUGUUAUCGGGUCUUCUCUGUUCAUGUUUCUAAAUAUAAUAUUGAUAUCGUAAUUGCUAACAUUAAAAUUAACUUCAACAUUUAAAAUCCUAAAGAAAAACUCCUUCACUCUUAUAUUCCUAUUAUUCUCCUGUCUAAUUUCUUAUUCCCUCUAAAUUAUUGUUUCCUGUGCUAGUUGCUUGGGAUACUGUGAGAGACUUCUUGUCUUCGUUGAUCCGCAACGACUGCCCAAAAGGUAUUCUGCUCUGACUUUACAAGUAAAUCGUCUUCUAUCCUAUGUUGUGUCCAUUG